UCUUGACGACCCCUCCUCCCCCGCCACCACCACCUCCUCCUCCUUCUCCUCCUGGACUUUUUAGAACCGAAAACCGUCGAGCUUAGCGAAGCAGCCGCGGACGGCGGAGGGAGGCGAAAAAAAAAAACGGGAAAGAGGCUGAAUCCGAGCGGCGGCUGCACGUCAUUCACAUGCCUCCUGGAUGGAGCGGUGUUUAACUGUUCUUCAAAGAAAAUUCCCACCCGACUGACUCAGCUACGCCAGAGGCAUGUUGUGGUAAAGAAACACCUAUGCAGGUGGAUCCUACACUAAUGAAUGUAGGGGAUGGAGGCACAGUGAGCAGAGAGAUCAGUGCUCCAAAUAAAGCGUCUACUAGUAUGGUGGGAAAUCCUCCCCAGACGCUACCCUCUGAGUUUAGAGGAGAUGUUACCCUCAGUCAGCAAAAUAAAAACACCCCAACAACAGACUGUAAGACAGCAAAAGCCUGCCUGGACACUAGCAGCUACAACCAUAGUCCUGAACUUUCUUCACCUCAGCAGCUCAACAAUGUGUCAAUGUCAGGCUCAGCACUCACCAGCUUAGACAAGAGAGCAGACAAAAGGAUAGAGGUCCCAAAAGUGAAAACUGAUGGUGUCGGGGUGUUCCCCACUCCUCAAUGGUCAAGUGGCUUGAAGGUCAGCCGGGAAGACUCACUCAACCCAUGUCACAGCAAUGUGACAUCAAGCAAGAAAUCGCAUACACUAGUGCCACCUGUGCAAAGUGUUCCUCCAGGGUUUCAGUGUUCCACCAUGUUUAAAUCAGCCCAGCCUGUUGCCUUUCUUCCAUCCACCAACUUUUCUACUCCCAUUUGUAAAAUCACUCUUCCACCAGCAUUAGGUCAGAUUGCCUCAUUGAGGGACGCCACAGCAAGUCAAUUUCAGAACGAAAUCCAGCCUCAAAGCUCAGGUGUUGGAGGGGCGCCUCUCAUGCGGACCUACCCAUAUCCGUAUGCCAGUCGAACUCCUGCUCCAGAGAAAAAAGUGGGCAUGUCAACAUCAAAGUUUAAAGCUAACCCGUCAAGUAAGAAUGCAAAAGCUGUCGGGGAGCAUAAAUCUUUAGCUUCAGUGGUAGCAUCACCAGCGAUUGCGCUUCCCUUGCAACAUCCAUCAUUAAGUUCUGCAACACCAACUCGCUAUACCUUGUCUCCAACUGCUGCUAUCUGCUGUGGCUCUGCACUGGCCAGUAUUGCCUCUCAAAGUAGACUGCUAAACCACGUGGAUAAAGGCAACAGCAUAGACAAAACAUCCAUUGGAUGUCUGAAAACGAUGUCCCAGUGUGUUCCAGAGGACACAGCUGAAUCAAGGGAUGUACCUCUUGAUUUGUCAGCUAAGUCCAAACGUCCAAAAUGUAUAAAUGACCCACCAGUAACCAUAAUGGAGCCUUAUAAUGAGUCAAACCAGAGAGAUUUUCUUAAUUCAAAGAGGAAUCACUCUGCAGCUUAUAGUCCAGCGGUUCAGUACCCUAUUUUACCCAACACCCAUAGAAAUGGAUCUCAUCAAAAGCAAUUAAAUAUGCCUCCAAAUCAUCAGGUUCUGGAGUCCAAGUCAUCAUGGUCCAAAGGCCCUUCGCAAGAUUCAGUUAAAAACAUCCCUGGAACUUAUGUGGGUGUGGCUAGCCCAAUACUGGCUUCUACCCUUCGAGGCAAAGAUGGCAAAGGGAGUUUUGCUGAUGAAUUUCAGAAUUUUGCAAAGCAGGAGUUUAUAUCUAUAAUUGAUCAAGGGGAACAUUUGGCAUCAGGUGGAAAGAAGCCAUCUUAUUUGAUGAAAGGCAACCAGCAUGGGCACACUGUCAAACAUGGCAAAAGCACCACCACAGCCAUUAUAAAUAAGAACUGUCCCUCUAAAGGAGCAGUGACAACUGCACUGUCAAGUUCUGUCAGUGCUCAGAUUAAUCAGAAGUCUGGUACUGGCAAACCAGGACUGCCAUACUCCACCUCUGUUGUUAGUGCAGCUUGGGAACAGCUGUCUCUCCCUUCACACCAAACAUCUUCUGCUCAGAGAAAAUUCACACAAGGAUGUGCAAAAACUAAAAGCGGCACCAUUGCAGAUGGUUCUAUGUUUCAGAACAUCCAUCAUAGCCCGUCCAAAACUGAGGAUGACAAGUGGGAAAAAAUUAAGUCCCCCCUGUCUAAUCUCGCUUCCAUUGUAAAGCAGCAAACUCUUGAAACAACGGCACUGACAAAUGAGAACAAUAGUCAAGCUGCACCUGUUGCAUCUAGAAAUACUGAUGUUCUAAAUCCACUCAAAGGGAGCCAAGAUACUCAGUCAAAACAUAAUUCUGUUUAUGAAUACACACCGUUCUGGUCUGUGGAAAAGUGGGCUGGUAUGCCAUCUCAAGGGGAUUCAGCUCAAACUAUGAAGAGACUUGAGAGGGUGAGUUCCACUGAGCCACUGGAGAAUAAUACAGAGACACAAAGACAGGGAGAACACAUGGGAUUAAAAGAAAAGGAAGGCUCGUCAAAGCCUACUGGUCAUUGUCACAUCUUUGGAAGCAAUGCAUCAACAAAUGAAAACAGGCUGGAGAGCAAAGUAGCCCAGGUGUUAGAGGGGGAGAUACUGAAACACGAAAGUGGGGCGGCAGAUUGUCCGAAGAGUGAAAAAACAGAGGGGAGAGACGCAUCUAUUCUUACAGGCCAGGGUGCCUGUGGCGACAAGGUUGAGAAAAAAACAAAUGGAACCAAAGAGGAGUCACCAACCAAAGCAAAAGUCGCCGCCAUCAAACAGAAGAGAACGAGCCCUAAGAAGGCAGCAAAGAUCAAGUCUCCCGCAGACCCAAAACAGACAUCUGCAGCAACCACAAAGAAAAAGCAAGACACACAAAACACUCCAACCAAAGCGUCUCCCCACAAGAAGCAGAAUAAACAAUGUGCACCUGUGCUAGACCAGAGUUUAUCUGUGGAAAAGGUUUCCCAACGGGGUAAAGAGCAGAUUCUGAGGGACAAAGUCAGCCCUAAUAAAGCUGUGCAGUCUGCUUGCAACAAACAAGGUGCAGAUAAUGGCAGCAGCCCUCAGACUAUAGAAACGCCAGCCUCUCUCUGUACUCCUGACGUAUCUACUAAGGACACAGAUGCGACAGAAAGCUCCUUCCCAAGACUAAGGAGGGGACGACGGCGAGCUGAUGAGGCUCGACUAGACUUGUGGGGCUUUGCGACGCCUUCGCCCCCACCCCCAUCGUUGCCUCCUGUCUCACCCUCCCCCUCUGUUACAGCUCAGUCCGCGUGUCGUCCCAGAGGAAGGCCUCGCUCUAACCUCUUGCCGGAGCGAGCGUUGAAGGGCAAAGGCAAGACAACCAACACAGAAGGUGACACCCCUCCUCAUAAGAAACGGAGGCGCUGCUAACAAAAAUAUCAGACUGGGGAAUACAUCACUGAAAAAGAAAAGCUGGAAGAUGGCAAGCGGCUUGAAGAAUCCGAGUCUCUGGGACAGGACAACGGAAUAGCAUCAGGUUACUCUGUUUCCAUGCAGGGAUCAGUAAGUUGGUAA